GGAAGCUGUGCUAACACAGGCAAUCACAGUACUGUAUCAGUAACUUGCCAGAACUGCCUCAGGGACAAUCCGCCUUUGCAAAAGGUUGUAGUGCAACAAGUUCAAGAAGUUGUCUGUCCUCUGCAUUCAGUGCUGGCAACAAUCGAGUAGCUAGCCAUGUUUGCACCAAGCACAAGCUAUGUUUGUGCUAUGCUGCCACCUUGUCCCACACACCUGCAGUCUCGUGGGCUUCAAGCCAAGCAGCACAUCCCGCUGUGCAGCAGACCAGUAGUGCCAUUGAGCAGCUCGGAAACGUUUUCCUCCAAGCUGGCGAGCCAUUCACUGGCAAGCACAAGGAGUAGACAGCCCGUCCAGGCCAGGGCUGCAGUCGCAGUGAAGGAAGAGCAGCAGUCGGCACAGCCGGCAACUGCGGAGCAGUCCGGGGCCCAGGCAAAGGGAGGAAAAGGGAAGGGCAAGGGAGGGAAAGGCGGUAAAGGGAAGAGUGGCGGUGGCGGCGGAGAGGGCGCCAGAGCUGCUGCCUCCACAGUCAGCUCUGGUGUAAAGCUAGAAGAUAUCAGGAUCACCUUCAAAAACCAGGAGCUCUUGAAGGGCGUGUCUUGGGAGGUGAAGAAGGGCGAGCGGGUGGGCCUAGUGGGCAUAAACGGAGCAGGGAAGACGACGCAGCUGCAGAUCAUCACUGGAGCGCUGCAGCCGGACUCAGGCGCUGUUGUGAAGGAGAAGCCCAACAUGCGCAUCUCCUACCUCACCCAGGAGUUUGAUGUGGAGCCCACCCGGACUGUUCGGGAGGAGUUCAUGUCGGCGUACGCGGAGCAGAUGGCGGUGGUGAACAGGCAGGAGGAGAUCCAGAAGGGCCUCGAGUCGUGUGGCGAGGACAUGGACCGCAUGGCAGAACUGCUGGACGAACUCCAAGAGCUGAGCGGGCAGGCCAUGGAGCUGGACAUCCGGCUGCUGGACAAGAAGGUGGACCAGAUGAUGCCAGAACUGGGCUUCACCGCCGAGGACAACGACCGAUUAGUCGCGUCUUACUCCGGCGGCUGGCAGAUGCGCAUGUGCCUGGGCAAGAUUCUGCUGCAGGAGCCAGACCUGCUGCUUCUGGAUGAGCCCACCAACCACCUCGACCUGGAUGCUCUGGAGUGGCUUGAAGGGUACCUGCGGAAGCAGGACAUUCCGCUGGUGAUAGUCUCCCACGAUCGUGAGUUUCUGGACCAGCUGUGCACCAAGAUAGUGGAGACGGAGCACGGCAAGGCCACUACCUACAAGGGCAACUACACGCAGUAUGUGGCAGCCAAGGCCGAGAAGGUGGCCCUGCAGUGGGCUGCCUAUGAGAAGCAACAGAAGGAGAUCGCGCGCCAGACGGACAUCAUAGCGCGACUGACGGGCGGCGACCAGGCCGGCCGCGCGGCAGCCGCCAAGAAGGCGCUGGAGAAGAUCAAAAGCGAGGAGGGCAUUGUGACUAAGCCCUUUGUGCCCAAAAAGCGCUCGUUUGCAUUCCCCACCCCUGAGCGCAUGGGGCAGCGCGUGUUGGAGAUCAAUGGGCUGACUCAUGGCUACGGCGACAGACUCCUGUUCGACAGAGUUGACCUGGAGAUUGAGAAAGGGGAGCGCGUUGCCAUCAUAGGUCCCAACGGGUGCGGAAAGAGCACGUUGCUGCGGCUGAUCAUGGACAUCGAGAAGCCCAUUGCUGGCAGCCUUGGCCUGGGGCAGCACCACAUCCUGCCCAACUACUUUGAGCAGAACCAGGCAAUUCCCUACCCUACCCUGCCACGAGGCUGUCCAUACAUAAUGAUGAGUUUUGCUGAGGCGCUGGACCUGGACCUAAGCGUGCAGGAGACUCUGGAGCGGUCGGCGACAGACGCGCAACUGAAUGACAUCAAGGCCCUGCUCGGCCGCAUGAUGUUCACCGGCAAAGCCGUCCACAAAAAGGUGCGGGUGCUGAGCGGCGGAGAGAAGGCGCGGCUGGCGCUGGCCAAGUUCAUGCUGACGCCAGGCACGCUGCUAGUCUUGGACGAGCCGACAAACCAUCUAGACAUUCCCAGCAAGGAAAUGCUGGAGGAAGCGUUGGUCGCAUUCCCGGGCGCUGUCAUUUCCGUGUCCCACGACCGAUACUUCCUGCGCAAGAUCGCCACGCGCAUCGUCGCGGUGCGCGGGUGCACGCUGCGCGACUAUGAGGGCAACUACGACCGCUUCCUGGAGAAGAACGAGGGCGAGGCAGAGGUCAUGGCAGAGAAGCAGGCCAAGAAACGCGAGCUUGAGAAGUCCCAGAUCAAGGCCAAGUCCAAGUUGAGCAAGGCGGAGAAGAUGAUGCAGAAGAAGGCCAAGGCGAAGGAUUUCAACACCAAGAAUCCGGUUGGGAAGGAGGCCAAGAAUGCCAAGAGGUGGAAUUGAGCGUGCAGACUUUCUUCUUGCUCUGUCUGGUGCAGUCGAUAUUGUAUUUUCGCCGCUCAUGCAAAGGCAGUCCGGGCAUGCAGAGCGUGCAUGCGGCAGAUUACAUCAUCCGAGCGUAGCAGUGCUGUUACCACCCGUUUUUUGCGCUUGCCAGUUAGAUUGUCUGAAGCUGGGACUCCUGACACAAGUCUGGUCCUUUGGAUUGUUGCCCUAAAGGCGUACUGCUUUGUACACUAGAUUAUCUCUGAUUUUGUUGCCAUGUGGGAAUUCUGGCAAGAACAGUCUUUUGCAGUCCCUCCUAGGAGGCCUGUGCGAUGCGCGAUACAGUGCUUCCUAUUGACGUUUAUGUAUACUGGAUUUGGAAAUUGUUGGCAGGCUUAUUCUGUUGAAGCUGCAGGACAGCGCCUGAUCCUACACCUUUAUUGUACUCCGGGGCUCAUCAUGCCGCUCACCAUCUGAGAUGCGGCAUCUGCAUGGAUGUGCCCAUACUGUGAUGUAAUUUUGCGAAC